AUUUUCUCCAUUUCAGAGAUGCAGAAGUAUGAGAAAUUGGAGAAAAUUGGCGAAGGAACAUAUGGAACAGUGUUCAAGGCAAAGAAUAAGGAGACUCAGGAAAUAGUUGCAUUGAAAAGAGUACGUUUGGAUGAUGAUGACGAGGGAGUUCCAAGUUCAGCUCUGAGAGAAAUCUGUCUUCUGAAAGAAUUAAAACACAAAAACAUAGUGAGAUUACAUGACGUUCUUCACAGUGAUAGAAAAUUAACAUUAGUAUUUGAAUAUUGUGACCAAGACUUGAAAAAAUACUUUGACAGUUGCAAUGGAGAAAUUGAUCCAGAUGUUGUCAAGUCAUUUAUGUACCAAUUACUGAGGGGGCUAGAAUUUUGUCACAGCCAUAACGUCCUUCACAGAGAUUUGAAGCCACAAAAUUUACUUAUAAAUAAGAAUGGUGAGUUAAAACUUGCCGACUUUGGUUUAGCCAGAGCGUUUGGAAUACCUGUGAGGUGUUACUCCGCUGAGGUAGUCACUUUAUGGUACAGACCACCAGAUGUCUUAUUUGGUGCUAAACUUUACACCACAUCUAUCGAUAUGUGGUCGGCUGGCUGUAUAUUUGCAGAGUUAGCCAAUGCUGGUAGGCCAUUAUUUCCAGGAAAUGAUGUGGAUGAUCAACUUAAGAGAAUAUUUAAACUACUAGGGACUCCUAUAGAAGAUACCUGGCCUGGUAUCACUAAGCUGCCUGAAUACAGGCCAUAUCCUAUUUACCAAGUCACUACUCCCCUUGUGUCAGUAGUGCCAAAACUAUCAGUGAAAGGAAGAGACCUGUUACAGCGUCUAUUGGUUUGCAAUCCUGUACUAAGAAUGUCUGCUGAAGAGUCUCUCCAACAUAUUUAUUUUGCUGAUCUGAAUCCAGCGAUCAAAAACUAAUUCUCAUACAAGUGAGAAUACAGACCACUGCCAUCAUUAUUCUCUAUAUUUUAUUUGCACUUCAUUUGUGUACAUAUAGAAUGAAUUCCAAAGAAAUAAUAUAAUUUUAUUCUAUUUAUGAUUAUCAAUAUUUUCUUAUGAUUUUUUUAUGAUCGAUCACAUUUCCUGUUUUAUAUUUGUUAUCUUUUGUGUUGUUGAUUGUUAGUAAAGUAAAUAGAUAGAAUAACUUAUUUUUAUGGGCAGAUUUAUGUUCUGAUUCUGUACUGGAACUGAUCUGAUGUGCAAGUACAUUUGUUGAGCAGAUUCAUAUUUACUGGGGAGUCUUGAGAUUGGUACAUGAUUGACUCAUGUUGAACUUAUGCUUUUAUGUAUUAUUUUUGUAUCAACCGCUUUUAACUUAUUUAUGAAUAAUGCUCCGUUCUCAACUAGUGUAUCAUGUGAUACUGGGCUAAUAUAUUAAUAUAUUUUAAAAUCGUGAUAACUGAUGUGAGGUUUGAAAGAUGAGUUGACAAUAAAGACGAGUCGAAACAAUCAUAAACAUUUGUACAAUACAUGUAUAUGAGGAAGUGAUGGUAGCGCCCUCCUGUGUUUAAUAUUCCAGAUGUCGUCAGCCAAUCUGGCACAAGUAUAAUGUGUUUAAAUUAAUAAUG